AAGUAAACACACACACACACACACACACAUACACCAAGUGGCAGUUUAAGUAUUAAACACCGAUUAUACAGCUUUGUGACUCGUCUUUGAUCGGCGCCACACACACACAAACACACACACACACACACAGCAGCUAAGUAUGUGGGAGUGUAGUGUUACACCACACCACCAUACCACACCACACACCACCACCAGACACCACCACCACACCUCACCGCCACACCACGGUAUCCUUGGCGCCCUGACCUGCCCAGCCCUGCCGAGCCCCGCCAAGCCCCUCCGGCCCCCACCCCGCCCCGCCACGGCUAAGUACAGAGAUGUUGCAACGAUGAGCAAGGAUAGCAAAGGAGACAAGAGUUUCCCAGAGAGGCUAAAGCGAUGGUUCAAGAUAGAGCGUGGCAAUGCUCCGGGUGCACGAGACAUUCGACUCACUGAGGAGAUAAAGCUGGAGUUGAGCUCUGACUCUCCGGCUGCAGUCCGCCUCAAGGCCAUAAGGGAGCUGACUGAAGUGCUUGCUGCAAGGAGACUUGAAGAGUAUGGCAUUGAGAAGCUGUGGACCCUUGUGUCUGACCUGCUGUCCAUACCAUGCCCUGCCGAACACCGCCACACCACCCUGCACAUGCUCACCACCCUUGCUGCUGGCCAUGACCGCCUUGGACCCAUGCGACAUGUCUUCUAUAACUACAUUGCAGAGAAUUACCUGCGUGAGGACACCAAGCCCAUCUUUGACUUCUUCCGUGAGGUGAUAGCAGAGGGCAAGCAGCUGGAGUACAUUGAUGAAUACGUCGGACCGUUCCUUCUUGACUGGCUGCCAGGACUCCUUGCCUCGCCACAGGCUGCUGAUGCCCUCAACCUUAUCAUUGUCCUUGUCAAGUUCAACUCUGCAUACUUAGAUGAGCCGGUGGUCACUGGCUUUGUGAAGCAAGUGGUGAUACAGCUGCAUCGGGCAAGCUGCGAAGCAGAGGCUUUGUUGUGUCUUCGUGUGCUGGAUGCUGUGCUGGCCUACAGCUAUCUGCCCUCCUCGGCCCUCCCCACCUUCAUCACAGCACUCACCAGGGCUGUCAAUGUACCACAGCUCACAGCAGAGGCAUGGAGGAUCAUGCGUAACCUCCUAGGGACUCAUCUUGGGAACAGUGGCUUGUUUGUGUUGUGCCGCCUGAUCCAGAGCAACUGCGAUGCUCAUAUGAUCCGGGGUGGCAUCUUCUUUGUGACGUCUGCUUUGUGGGGGGGCAACAAGGUUUCCUCCCUUCACUACAAGCCAGCUGCUGUGCUGCCCAACUUGAGAGAAGCUGCCAAGAACAACCAUGUGUUGGUUGUGUAUGAGAUUGCCCUCAGCAUGCAAAAGCUGGCUUCCAGGAUGUACUUGGAGUUGCAUUUUUCUUCAUGGGACCUGAUCUUGGACAUACUAAACAGCCUCUUCGAACAUACAGUGGUGAUGGAAGAUGGCACGGAGAAGCAGACAAUACAGGGUCUAUUGAGGGAGAUUCUGGAUGCCAUUGAGCAGCUUCAUGACCUGCACCAGUUUGGCGGGUCAGCCGAGAAGUUCUUUUCCCUCAUAGACAAGUACUCACAUCUGCGGCCGGAGUCCUCAGUGAUGAGGCUUCUGGACCACCUGGCACUGCGAGUUGACCCACUGAGGCCACACUGGCUGGCUAAUCUGGGCACGCUGCUCAAUCAGUACUUCCGGCGGGAUUCUCGGCCCAAUGUCAGAACUAAAGCGCUGGCCAUCCUGUCUGAAGUGUACAACAGAAACAGAUCUACAUAUGGCAUGGAGAUGGUGAGGAAUGUGAUCACCAUACAGAUGGAGGGCAUAGAGAAGGAGGAAGAUGUCGGGGUGAGGACAGCAGCAGUCAACCUUUUGGUGCACAUUGCCCUCACCCAAAAGUCUGAGGUGGUGCUGGAUGUCCUCAACCUGCUGGAGAAUAUUGUGAUGGCACCAUACCAAGGGCGAAGUGGGACAGUGCAGGUGGUGCGGGAGAGUGAGGCUGCAGACAUCAUUGCUGCAGUGGCUGGCCUCAUUCGCAUCUUUAAGAAGAAGCUGUGGACCCUGCCUUCAUCCCACGCUAUCCAGGCCUAUGGCAUCCUGAUAUCCUGUCUGGAGUAUCACUACCGGAGUCAGGCUAUUUUGGAUGGUGUGCCUCGGGUCAGACAACAGAUUUUUGAGAUGUUGUUUGAUAUGCGGGCCAACAGCAAGUACCAACUAGGCUUUUCAAAAAUGCCUGAGCGGCCUGGGGAGGAUGAGAAGGAUUCCAUCGCUUCUUUAGUGCCACCUUUCUCACCUUACAUUGUGGUAGAUCACAAGCAUGGCCAGCGCCUCCACUCGACCCGGCAGAGAGACCCGGGAGAGGAGGGGGAGGAGGAGGAGGAGGAGGAGGAAAUAAUGUUUGGCAAAGCAGACUUACAGGUCUUACCAAUGUGUCCUUCAGCUGUCAGGACUGGAUACCGGAGAGAGGAUAAGGAGUAUGUACAGGCAACUGAAGAGGAGACUUCAGCAGAGCACAAAGUGGAGAUAACACAUCUUUCCCUCACUCAGUCUGCCAUGAUUGUUAUUGUUGCCAUGAAGAAGGAGAAAGACUGGGAGGUGUUGCGCAUGAUCCUGGAGCGAGUGCCUCAGGUGCUGCAGAACAAGGCUCUCAUUCUCUCCAGAGAUGCAAAUGACAUUGACUACUUUGCUGCAACUUUGUGUGCCCUGGUUACAGAAAAGUCACUUGGGCUUCCUGAGUCUCUGCACAACACACCCACCAAGUUUACACGCUCAGACUUCCAGAGUUAUGUCUUUCCGGUGCUAGCAUCUCUGGCUUCAUACCAUAUGCACAUGGACCCAAUUUUCCAGCAGAAGGUGAUCAAAUGCCUCGAGAUGGGUGUGGUGAGUCGGUGUGCUGGGCCUCUGUGUGUGAGCGCCCUCACUCUCUGUGUGCUGGAGAUGAGGGACUCCAUGAUCAGGCUGCUGCGUGAUGUUAUGCUGAGCCUCUCCAAGAUCACUGCCACCGUCCAAAAUGCACAGCCCAUCUUGGAGUUCAUCUCAACUUUCCUCCAUCUGCCUAAAGUUUAUGCAAGUUUUGUGUCUGAGCAAUACAUGUCCAUCUUUGCUAUUGCUAUCCCCUACACUAAUCCCUUCAAGUUCAACCACUACAUUGUAUCGCUGGCCUACCACGUGAUUGCCAUGUGGUUCCUUAAGUGUCGCCUCCCUUUCAGGCGUGCAUUCGUCCAGUUCAUUACAAAGAACCUGAGCAUAAUUCUGUCCAACGAGGAUGCCAACACCCGCCGGCGGAGUGCCAGUGCCAGCACCGGUGAGCAGGCUUUGCUCAAUGCAAGAACGAGAAUGACUCGCUCUCAGUCAUUCUCCCACAAGCGCCUAGAAGAGCUAAAGAAUGAGCCUCAGCCAUCCCUGUGUGCUGCUCAGGGGAAGGGAGAUGAGAUGAUUCAGUUUCAUAAUGAUCUGCUGGAGACCAUUGUUGACCUGAUGGCCCGCUACACCUAUGCCUCUUGUGCACCGCUGCCUAAAAGGAGCUCCGUGGCCAAGAUGUUGAUUGAAGGUGGACAGGAACAGACAUGGAUUCUGGGCAACAAGAUCAUCACAGUGACAACCUCAGGCUGUGGCCAGCGACCCAUGAGGAAUGGCUUGUGUGACAAGUGCAUACAGCUUUGCCGGAAAGAAAACAAUGCAGCACCCCCCGAGUCCAGCACCCCAAACCCCAACACAGCCAGCCGCCGCCGCCACCGCUCAGAGCUGCACCGCACCAUCUCCCAUGAGGCAAAGUACAAGCCACAAAGCAAAGAUGACUUGCACAUGAGGAGUAUUAUCCGAGAUCUUGGGGACGGCAUUGCUCCACUCGAUCAAGACCCUGCACCUUCAUGGUCCAGUGGAGGGUUUGGUGAAGCUACACCCAGAGAGCCUCCCAGUGAACCCCGGGUGGCCUCAGGUGCUGUUACUGGUGCCGCCUCUGCUACUGCCUCAGCCUGUGCUGCUGCUAUUGCUGCUGCUGCUGCUGCUGAAGAGGAGCGGCGGCCACGGCUGUGUGCUUGUUGGUGUAUGGGAUGGGCAGAAAUACAUGUCAGGCAACCUACUGGCAACAUGUCUUGGAUGAUGAGGAUCCAAAAUGAGCAACAGUUGCUGCCACUUGGGAUGGAUGAGCUGCCUCUCUUUGACCUCAGUUCCUUGUUCUCCCCAACAUCCUCCAGCCCCAGUCAAGGCAGCUCUGGCUCUGCUUAUUCUCGGCGGAAAAUCAGUGGCUUUCCUAUGGAGGACCAGAAAAAUGAGGAGCUUCUAAGUCAGAAUUUUGAAGAGCUCAGACCACGUGCCUUCUCUGGAGGUUCAGACAAGACGCAGGAUUCUGAUCCAGGUUCACAGAAGGACUUGAGUGGUUACAGCAGUGGGGCUCUUUCCCAUAACUCCUCAGAUCCCAAAAUCAACACUAUUGAUGCUGGGGAUGACACACGGGAGAGUUCUCCAAUUAUCAACGCUGCAACUACCACUUCAGGUGAGAACUUGGAGGAUCCUCGAGUUCCAGUCCAACGGUGUCACUCUAGUCCAGAGAUGAGUGAGGGUGUGGUGGUGGGUGGUGAGGAGUCCUCUCUAUCCUGUGAGGACAGACCUCCAGCCUCCCCCAGCCCUGCCUCUCCUAUGCCAGAAAUGUCUCCUUCCCCACCAGCACUGAACCGAGCCAAGCUGUCCCCAAGGUUUGAGAAUGUGGUAGAUGGCAACACUGGGUCAACCUCACCUCCACCAGUUGCCUCCUCCAGAGUGCGCCACACUUCAGCACUUCAAAUGCCAAGUGGCGGCAGCAACAGCAGCAUCUCGUCUGGUGGUGGCCAAGCCUGUUCUACUGCAGAGGGCGAGGACAGCGGUUCGCCUCGCCCUCUGCGCCGGGAUAGGGUGCACACCAUCUCUGACAUGAAUCCAGCCUCCAGGAAGCUGCACCUCAAGUCUGCUGCUGCUGCCAAGAAGAACUCCAUGAAGGAUGUCAAGCCUGGUAUCUCUCCCAGCUUUGUGUUCCUGCAGCUGUACUACCUAGGCAGGCUUGGUGGAAACAACAUCGAGAAGCCAGUGCUGCUGCCCACCCACCUACCGGAGAUGCAGCGAGCCAUGCGGGUACUGGAUCUUAUCCGCCCACAGGAGACGCACAAAAUUGGAGUGCUGUAUGUGGGACGGGGACAACAGACAGAGCAGGAGAUACUCAGAAAUUCCUUUGGAUCUUUGAGAUACAUGCUUUUCCUGCAGGGUCUGGGAUCUGUGCUGGAGCUGAGUACAGUAUCUGAGGAUGAGGUGUUCUUGGGUGGCCUUGAUGCCAAGGGCAGUGAUGGGAAACAUGUUUGCAUCUGGCACGAUGAUGUCAUGCAGGUUGUGUUUCAUGUAGCCACCAUGAUGCCCACUAAGGAGUCGGAUCCAAACUGUAAUGGCAAGAAGAGACACAUUGGCAACAACUAUGUCACCAUAGUGUAUAAUGAGAGUGGUCAACCCUACAGCAUCAACACUAUAAAGGGCCAGUUUAACCACACAACAGUGGAGGUGGUGCCUGGUGAUCACUCUACCAACAGUGUAGGGGUGCUAUGUCGGCCUGAGCUGGCAGAUUUUGUUGGUGGUGGUGGCAGCCCACGACUUGUCUCUGAUGCCAAUCUACCCAUCCUGGUGCGGCAGAUUGCCCUUCACGCUGAUCUGGCUUCCACAAUCUGGGAGUCACUAAAUCGGCCACCUCACAGUCCUUAUGCCAGUAAUUGGCUGGAGCGGCUGAGGAAGAUCAGGAAAAUCAAGCAGAUGGUGACAGACACUGAAGGAACACCACCUAACCUGAUGGACUUCACAGACAUGGUAGAUGCAGACAAGUGGGAGAAGUCUCGGGCUGGAGGCUCUGGCUACUGGCAGCAGUUCCUGGCGUGAACACUGUGGGAUGCACUGUGUGGGGGAAGUUGCCUCGAGUCUGUAGGUUUUCUUGAAUUUAUUGGUAGUGAAGGGUCCUUACCCAAUUUUUAUUUUCAAUUAAUGUUGUUCAAGAUUGAGUAUUUCCUCAACUUGAAUACAAUUAUAUAGGUUUUGAAUAAUCUAUUUAAUUUGUAUUUUAUCAUUGCUCAAUGAUAUGUUAAUGUAUAUUUUUUGCUGAAGUGAUUUUAUUUUUCUGUACCUCAUAUUUUGAUGUGGAACUUCAAGUGAUAAUUAGGAACCUCCAGUUUGUUUUUACCCUUGAUAUUUUCCAAAUGGUUGUAGUGGACAGCAGAUCACUUGUUGGACCUUAUCUACAAAAUACCAGUGCACACAGUUUCCAGGCAUUUUGUCCCAUACUUUCGGAAUUCCUAAGCUUGUGCGUGUGCGCGCGUGCGCGUGUGUGUGUGUGUACAUGUUCUGAGUGAGUGUACAUGUGUAUGCAUGUGAAAUUCUGUUCUUAAUACAUGAAAACUUCAUAUA